GCCGCCGCCUGCCGCCGCCGCCCGCGUCAUGGCGGCCCCGGCGCUGCCCCCGCUGCCGCCGCAGCUCAAGAGCAUCCAGCACCAUCUGCGGACCGCGCAGGAGCUGGACAAGCGCGAGCCCGUGGUGGCGUACUACUGUCGUUUGUAUGCAAUGCAGACAGGGAUGAAGAUUGAUAGUAAAACCCCAGAAUGCCGUAAAUUUUUAUCCAAACUUAUGGAUCAGUUGGAAGCUAUGAAAAAGCAAUUUGGUGAUAAUGAAGCAAUUACUCAGGAAAUUGUUGGUUCUGCUCAUGUGGAGAAUUACGCCUUGAAAAUGUUUUUGUAUGCAGAUAAUGAAGACAGAGCUGGGCAAUUUCAUAAAAACAUGAUAAAGUCCUUUUAUACUGCAAGUCUCCUGAUAGAUGUUCUAACGGUAUUUGGGGAGCUCUCUGAAGAGAACGCCCAGCACAGGAAGUACGCCAGGUGGAAGGCAGCAUACAUUCAUAACUGCUUAAAGAAUGGAGAGACUCCUCAGCCUGGCCCCAUUGGAAUGGAAGGAGAGAGUUUUGAUGCUGAAAGGGAAGAAGCGGGGUCAUCUUCUGCCCAUAGUGGAGCAACUCCAUCAUCAUCAUCUACAUAUGAAGCUAACAACAUACCAACUAGUAAUUACACUGGCAUACAUAUACCACCAGGUGCCCAUGCACCAGCCAACACUCCAGCUGAAGUACCUCAUAACACAGGAGUGACAAGUAACACCAUUCAGCCUGCUGCUCAGAAUAUUCCUCUAGUUGAUCCUUCCCUUUACAGUGCUCAGUCUGCAGGAGAAGUCCGCUUGACUCCAGAGGACUUUGCCAGAGCUCAAAAAUAUUGCAAAUAUGCUGGCAGUGCAUUGCAGUAUGAAGAUGUGAGCACUGCUGUGCAGAAUCUACAGAAGGCCCUCAAGUUAUUGAUUACAGGGAGAGAAUGAAGCUUUAAUCCAACAGAUUCACGUCUUUUGCCUAAAGAACUAACACUUUGUUACUGUACCUGUUAAGGAAGUGGAGUUACACAGAAAUUCUCAAUCCCAUUACUCAUGACAAUGAAACCACUGUUUCAGUGUCAGAUUAGCAAUUUCUGGUACAGUUGGAAUCUCUGUUUUCAUUUUACAGACAGUGGAGCUUGAAACAUGAAUGCAGUAGCUCAAUGUAUGCAAAGUAUUGAAGAAAGUACUGUGAGCACCACUCAGGAGUUAGAAUUCGUCUUGCAAUAUUUGGUUUAUCGGAAUUGGAAAAUGCUGACUGUAGAAAACUUGAGAAUUAGGAUGUUAUGUUAAAAUUCUUGCUCGUUUAUUAUUGCAAACAAUUAUUUUAUAGGUAUAAUAGCUUUAAAAUGGUAACUAAGAUUAGUGCUUUCCUCCUGAAAUGAGAGCAUGUGAAAAGGCUGACAGGUCCACACUUGGAAGGGCUUUUCUAUACAUAUUUUUUUUUUGUAUUUGUAUUAUCUGAGACUUUAGUCUAAGCUGAGGGAGCCUUGAGGACCUUCAUAUUUAAUUUGAAAAUGUGCUGGAAAAGACAUUUCUUGAUACUUCAGAGGGAGUAAUUUUGAUGGUGUCACAAUCUAGUCCCCCACCGGUAUAUGGACUACUAUAUGUAUUCUCGAUUAUUGGUUCUUGCUCCUUCUGUGUGAACACUUAAAAUUUUGUAUAUGUAUGGUUAAUUAAGAGAAAAUACUAAUAUUUAUCAACAAUGAUCCCAAAACUGGAAGCAGAGAUUCUAAAUAAUUUGAACUUUCAAGAAGGCUUACUGAAAGAACAAAACUGUUCCAUCUCUUUAAGAAGCUGGAAAAAAGCUUAUUCUUCAGCCAUUAAAACUCUAUAGGUUUGUCUCUGGUAUUACUGUCCUAGAGCUUUGUAUUUCCAACUAAUAUUUUUCCUGCCUGCUUUGUUGUGAAGACUUUUUGGACUUGGGAUUUAAUUAAAAUCUCUUCAAAACUGGA